AUUGAGAUAGAGUAUAUUAAACGGCUGAGAACUUUAUUAUAAUACAAAUAAAAUUGAGAGAUUUAAUUGUCAUAAAUUAAAACAAAAUGAGUAUGACUGGGAGAUAAAGGAAGUUGAGGGGCUCUUGAAACAAAUUAACCUUCAGCCUAACGCUAUUUAAGGAACAGACAGUCCGACUCUUUAUUCACUUCUGCAGUUCACUUCCCUUUGUAUUUUGGCGAGACGAACAAUAGAAAAAAUAUUGAUGGCCAAAGAUGGAAAAAGACAAGUGGAUUCUUACACCAUACAAGGCACCAACAAAGUUGUCCAAGUGGGUGAUUGCGUGUUGAUUCGACCGUCAGGCACCGGGAAGCCACCGUACGUGGCUAAAAUUGAGGGAAUCAAAGAUGACAUCAGAAACAAUGUGAAAGUUGGAGUGAGAUGGUACUACCGCCCUGAGGAAGCAAAGGGUGGCCGCAGACAGUUUCAUGGCACCAAAGAGCUUUUUUUAUCCGACCAUUAUGAUGAGCAGAGUGGUCAAACUAUUGAAGGCAAGUGUAUAGUUCACUCUUUCAAGAAUUAUAGGGUCCUUGGCAAUGUUGGUGCUGACGAUUAUUAUUCUAGGUUCGAGUAUAAUCCUACUACCGGUGAUUUUACCCCUGACCGUGUUGCUGUGUAUUGUAAAUGUGAAAUGCCCUAUAACCCUGAUCAUCUUAUGGUUCGGUGUGACCGAUGCACAGACUGGUAA